AUGUUUGAGCGAGUGGUUCUCUUUUUGCUUCUCUCGUCAUUUGCGUUGUCGAAUGCGUCCAGCCCCAAGGACAAAAAAGGACCAGCUUUGUCAGCCCCCAUGACGCCGAAACAAAUAAUGAUUGAGUUGAGUGAUAUCAUAACUGAAAUGUUCAACUUGACCAAGGAUGAUUUCAAAUACCUCGAACGGGCUUAUGAGCGAAAAGAUUUCCCUUUCAAUAACACCGAUAGGCUAUUUGAAUGGCUUGUUCACGACAAAAAACUGAAGAAAGAAAAACCCGCUCUGGAAAAAAAACUGCUAGCAAUGCGGAAGUUGCACGAGGAACUGAAAGCAUUCAAAGCUAAGACAGCUCACCAAGUUCUCGACAGGUUGUGGACUGUGACCCGCAAUGCGCGAUAUGGAGGAAUCAGUAAUAAUUUGGAGAAUAACGUGCUCCUCUAUUUGGCCUGCACUGCGAAAGAGAGCACUCGCAAGUAUCUCUUUAGUAAAAUCCCCUCUCUGAAACCACAUUGGUAA